UUGAAAGUGUUUUUUUUUUUCUUUUGAAAAUCUUGUGGAUCGUUUUGAAAAAGUAAAAUGAAAAUGUCACGGGGAAGAUUGAUAAUGAUUUUAAGUUUAUUUGCUUGGUGUGCGUAUGUGGAGGCAGGAAGACAAACUCGACCAGUGGAUUGCGAAAAAUACGUAUAUCAUCCACACUGCAGAGGAAUACAAGCAAAAAAACGUGUUUAUCCAGCUGAAAUAAAAAUUGAUAAUACAGAACAACCUUGUGUAUGUUCACCAUCAUCAUCAUCAUCAUCGUCAUCACCUGGUACCAAAGAUUCCAACAAUCGUCGAACGACAUUUUCAAAUUCAAAACUUCUCGAUGCAAUGCUAAAUGGUCUUGAUAUGAAUACAAUUUAUGAAGCGUAUGCUGCAUCAUCAGAUCGACACAGAAAUUACAACGAUAUUACCAGAGAAAGAAAUUCACAACGAAGAAGACAACCAAUUGACAAUACGAUUGAUAUUAACGACUUGGAUUUAUUAGAUUAUUAACGUCAUUUACCAGAUAUUUAAAUAAUUCCUUGGUGGAAAUAUUUCUCCGUUUUUUUUUCCACUUUUUUCGGAAAAAGGCGGAGAAACGAAGGAGAAAUAUUUACACCAGGAUUAAUAUAACG